UAUAUAUAUAUAUAUAGAUAUAUCAAAUAUAGUUAGUUCACUUUGUAAGUUCAAGAUGUUUUGAAUUUUACAUUUCUUAACUGCAUAUUUUGAGUGGGGUUUGUAAGGUUUUGGAUUUCGGUAAUAUGCUAUAGCUUUACUUUUAAUUUGGAUCGAAAUUGACAGGUUUGAAGCAAAGUUCAUCCAAAAAGUUGUUGAAGAGAUUUCAUGUAAACUGAAACGUACAUUCCUAGAGGUUGCUGACCACCCAGUUGGAAUAGCGUCUCGUGUUGAAGACAUCAAUUUGUUGUUGAGCAUUGGAUCAGAUGAUGUUCGCAUGAUUGGGAUAUACGGCUUGGGUGGAAUAGGCAAAACGACCAUUGCAAAAGCUGUGUAUAACCGUAUUUUUCGCCAAUUUAAAGGGAGUUGUUUUCUUGCAAAUGUUAGAGAAUGUGCAGGACAAUUCAAUGGUCUAUGUCAAUUGCAAGAACAACUUCUCUUUGAAUUAUUAGGGAUAAAGAAUCUAAAGAUUGGCAGUGCUGAUAGAGGAAUGAAUUUGAUAAAAGAAAGGCUCCACUCUAAAAGGGUACUCAUUGUUCUUGAUGAUGUGGAUCAAUUAAGUCAAUUAAAUACCUUGGCAGGAAAUCGUGAUUGGUUUGGUCCAGGAAGUAGAAUCAUUAUAACAACUAGAGAUGAGCACUUGUUGAAGGGACCGAAAGUUGAUGAAAGAUACAUGGCUAAGGAAUUGAAUCACAAAGAGUCUCUGUAG